CUGAAUCCGAGAUCUCGCCUUCCUCUAUGUCGUGAACCUCAACUUGUAGUAGUUGCUGCUCUUUACAAUCCUCUUCCAUAUUUAGAAAGGCUGUAUUCUUUCCCUGAAAUUAAACAAAUUAAAUUCAAAUUGCCGCUGAUCCUAGCACCAAAUCCAAGCAUCUUCAGCAUACAUGUCACCACGGCCGCUGGACUUGGUGGGCACCAGGAAGAUGCGGUGUCCACUGGCCGCCGCGUGCUGUCAGAUUCAGAGGCGGCGACUGGUGCUCGGGUUGCUGGCUUGCUGAUGGUGGGCGGCCCGGCGGAAGUUGCAGAUGGCCAGGACCGGAAUUUGCUGAGCCAGAGAGUACCGGGAGUCUAG